AUGCCUACUAGAGAUAAUCACCCUGCAAGAGUUGCUCUAUAUGCGCAAAACAUUACUAGCCUUCCACAGAAAUCUACGAAACUGUCAGUGGAAAGCCUGCAGAGAACAAUAUCUGACAUUUCUGCAGAACUGAUCCGAAAAGAAGCUGAAGCUGCAGCAGAUGUGCUUGCGCCAAUAUCAGAGGUUGAGGAUGCUGAGUGUGAGUGCUGUGGCAUGUCUGAGGAGUGCACACCAGAGUACAUAAGGCGUGUUCGCGACAAGUUUUCAGGGAAGUUGAUAUGUGGGCUGUGCUCAGAGGCUGUGAAGGAGGAGAAGGAGAAAAGUGGAGGGAAAAUCGAAGAGGCUUUGAGUGAGCACAUGAAUGCAUGCUCUAAGUUUAAUAAGUUUGGGAGAACACACCCGGUGUUGUUUCAGGCUCAAGCCAUGAAAGAGUUGCUGAAGAAGGGCUCAGCAAGACGAAAAUCAUCAAGUCCUGGAGAUCUCAAGGCUGAUGUUCUGAAGAAGGGCGGAAUUGCAAGGAGUACAAGCUGUAUUCCUGCUAUCAUGAAGGACUUCAACUGCACUGAUACAAAGAUGAUUAACUAA